AUGUUCAGUAAGGAUAUCGUUGUGUGUGAGGAUAUCGUUGUGUGUGAGGAUAUCGUUGUGUGUGAGGAUAACGUUGUGUGUGAGGAUAACGUUGUGUGUGAGGAUAUCGUUGUGUGUGAGGAUAUCGUUGUGUGUGAGGAUAUCGUUGUGUGUGAGGAUAUCGUUGUGUGUGAGGAUAACGUUGUGUGUGAGGAUAUCGUUGUGUGUGAGGAUAUCGUUGUGUGUGAGGAUAUCGUUGUGUGUGAGGAUAUCGUUGUGUGUGAGGAUAUCGUUGUGUGUGAGGAUAUCGUUGUGUGUGAGGAUAUCGUUGUGUGUGAGGAUAUCGUUGUGUGUGAGGAUAUCGUUGUGUGUGAGGAUAACGUUGUGUGUGAGGAUAACGUUGUGUGUGAGGAUAACGUUGUGUGUGAGGAUAACGUUGUGUGUGAGAAUAUAGUUGUGUGUGAGGAUAUACAGUUGCAAGAAAAAGAGAAGCUCCCAGAGAACCCUCAGAUGACAAAUCAGGGGGAAGAUCUGACUGAUAUUAAAGUGGAGGAUGAAGAAGAGCAGAUGAUGGACGAUCCCCCGUGUAAGAGUGAGGUGGAGGAGGACGUUCCAGGAGAUCUCACCACAGAAAACCUGAAUACAAAUUGUGAUGGAAAGUUCAUGUUAUCACUGAAUAUUAAAGCAGAAGAUGAAGAUAUCAUGCAGCACUUUUCAGGAGAAAACCUAAUUUCCUUUAACGUACAUUCCAGACUUCACAGUACAGAUGUGUCAUAUAAUUCCACUAAUUAUGACGAACCUUGUCCUGAUAAAUCACACAUUGCUACCCCAAGUAUAGGUCAGCAAGAGGGUUACAGGUUUCUCAGUAGUAAACCAUUCUCAAGGCUUUCAAUACAUAGCAGAAUUCACACAGGGAAGAAACCAUGGUCCUGUUUAGAAUGUGGAAAAUGUUUUACCCAGAAAUCACAUCUAGUUAAACAUGAUAGAAGUCACACAGGAGAGAGACCAUAUUCAUGUUUAGAAUGUGGGAAAUGUUUUACACAAAAAUCAAGUCUUGUUAUACAUCAGAGAAGUCACACAGGAGAGAGACCAUAUUCAUGUUCAGAAUGUAGGAAAUGUUUUACAUGUAAAUCAUCUCUUGUUAAACAUGGGAGAACUCACACAGGAGAAAAACCGUAUUCAUGUUCAGAAUGUGGAAAAUGCUUUACAGGUCAAUCAAAUUUUGUUAAACAUGGCAGAAUUCACACAGGAGAGAAGCCAUAUUCGUGUUCAAAAUGUGGGAAAUGUUUUACAGAUAAAUCAACUCUUGUUAUACAUGAAAGAAUUCACACAGGAGAGAAGCCGUAUUCAUGUUCAGAAUGUGGGAAAUGUUUUACACAAAAAUCAGGUCUUGUUUUACACGAGAGACGUCACACAGGAAAGAAACCAUUUUGACAUAUUUUAUGGACAUCUCUAGUCAUGAAAAAUACAGAUAUUCCUCUGACCUGUUUAAGAAAGAUGGUUUUGUUAAUAUUUACGCAGCUGCCGUGCUGUUUAUGCCACCAUUAGUGUUGAAUGAAUCGAAGCAUACAAAGCAGAAUUCGAUCCGAAGUUUAGGAAAAACUUGAUUAACCGCAAAGCCAAUUUUCCUUGUGCUUCGUGUAAACAAUUAUUUUUUUCCUUUUAUGGUGGCUGAAAAUUAAAAAAUUAUACUCUCCUUAUCCACUUGAUCACGGAGAGGCCGUCCGCUCCAUCUUGAUUGAAGAACACCCGGCAAAGCACCUGCAGUGAGCGUGAAGACGUCAACACAUGAUCAUGCUGGCCGCGCCCAGUGACGUCAUUAGUGAUAAUAACACUGCACACGGCCAGCAUGAUUACGUUGUGAUAUCAUCACGCUCACCACAGGUCCUUUGGUGGGUUUUCUUCAAUCAAGAAGGGAGCGGAUGGCCUCUCCAUGAGCAAGUGGAUGAGGUGAAUAUAAUAUUUUUUUAUCCCUGGAUAAACCCCCUGAAUGUGAGUCUGAGGUUGCGAUUAGAGAUGAGCGGCAUCUGAGGGGCUAAAUAAUGGGGGGGGAGGGG